AUGUCGUCCUUCAUCCUACCUCGUCCAGCGCCUUCGUUGCCGGUCAACGAAACCGCCCAGCUCUCCCCCAUGCACUCCCCUAGCGACCCUUCCAAAACCUUCUCAAGCAUAAUCAGCCACUUGAAUUUCGCGCACGACAGUUCAUGCCUAAAGCUGGACGUGCCAAAGCCUUCAUCUGAUCGCCCGGUCUCCAAUCAAAGUUGCGAUGUACAGAUGUUUCUGGGUGAUACACCGCGCCUAGCGACCCCACGCACCUCGGUGAAUUUGAAAGACUUUUCGAAGACAAAUUCCACCAUCAUGAGCCAUUGUAAGCUUCCGCCCUCAGCCCCGACCUCCUGCAAGCCCACGCCAAGAGUUUCGCACCUCGAGAUCCCCUCAGCUGGCCCCAAGCCUGUACCAAGGCCCAAAUCCGAACGGCAACCACCUUCCAAAGCCCCCGUAAGGCCCGAAUACACGACCCAACCGUCCGCGCAAACCCGCUACGUCGACAUGCUCUUGGGUCUGGAUACUAUACCCCGCUCCCACAACCUGUUCGCCUCGUUCAGCACCUGGAUCCUCCUCGCCGGCUUCAUCGUCGUCCCGGGCACCUUCGUCAGCGUCGAGGAUAACAAGAGGCUUCAGAAGGACGCCAAGGAUAGCAGGGUGGACCAUGCGGUGCUGAAUACGGUCAAGCACGCUUCUCUGAUCUGGGUCGCCGGUUCCUGCUGUCUCGUCGGCGGGGCGGGCAUGGUGUGGCUUUGGUGGCGGUGGAGGAGGAAUUAUGUUUGGUUGAUCAAUAAGAUCUUCUUGGUCGGGCUCCUCAAUUCGACCGCUGGGCUGAUCUCCACGCUCAUCAACGUCUACUCGCAGCAGGGCGGUAGGUUCUCGAUCACGGCCAAGAUCACGGUCGGCGCUACCGCGUCGUGUACCGUGGUCACGGCCCUCUUGUACUUUCUCUACAAUUUCUGGGCAUUGCAGAGUGUGAGGAAUAAGCAUCAGAAAGAGUUGGAGCUCGAGUCGGGGCAAAGGGUGGGCAAAGUGAUAUAA